GCAAAGCCUGUUUACGCGGAAGUUGUUUCAAACUCAAAGAUGGCGGAAGAAGAGAACCCGCUUGCCGAAUUUGAACAAAUUGACUUUUUAAAAGAUCGACACGUACGAUUCUUUCAAAGAUGUCUUCAAGUUUUACCAGAGAGAUAUUCAUCAUUAGAAACAAGCAGGUUGACCAUUGUGUUCUUUGCUCUCUCCGGUCUUGAUGUCCUGGAUUCUCUUAAUAUAAUAGACAAGCCCAGCUUGAUUGAAUGGGUCUACUCGCUACAAGUCAUUCCUACAGAAGACCAAUCCAAUUUAGGACGUUGUGGGUUUCGAGGAUCAUCACACAUUGGAGUUCCAUACAGCACCUCCAAGGGCCCAGGAGUAUCCCACCCGUAUGACAGUGGCCAUGUGGCCAUGACGUACACUGGCCUGGCCUGCCUGGUCCUACUGGGGGACGACCUGAGUCGUGUCAAUAAGGAGGCCUGUCUGAUGGGCCUGAAAGCCCUGCAGCUAGAGGACGGAAGUUUCUAUGCGGUCCCAGAGGGAAGUGAAAAUGACAUGAGGUUUGUGUACUGCGCAGCGUGCAUCUGCUACAUGCUCGAUGACUGGUCAGGCAUGGACAUCAAGAAGGCCAUCGACUACAUCAGGGGAAGUAUGUCAUAUGACAAUGGCAUUGGCCAGGGGGCUGGAUUGGAAUCGCAUGGUGGGUCCACGUUCUGUGCCGUCGCAGCCCUGAGUCUGAUGGGCAAAUUAGAGGAGAUUUUCAGCCAGCGCGAGCUGAACAGGAUACGCCGCUGGUGCAUCAUGAGACAGCAGAACGGCUUCCAAGGCCGCCCCAACAAGCCCGUCGACACGUGCUACUCCUUCUGGGUGGGCGCCACACUGGAGCUCCUAGACGUCUUUCAGUAUACUAAUUUCGAGAAGAACCGGAACUACAUCUUAUCCACUCAGGACCGUUUGGUGGGCGGCUUCGCUAAGUGGCCAGACAGUCACCCAGACCCGCUGCACGCCUACUUCGGGAUCUGUGGCUUGUCUCUGAUAGGAGAGGCCAACCUGCGGCGAGUUCACCCCGCCCUUAACGUGAGCCAGAGGGCCUUUGAGUAUCUGCAGCAUCUGCACCGGACGUGGAGAGGCACCUGCACCUGACAGCCAAACCCCUGUCCCCUGCCCCAGCCUCCAAGCACUACCACAGCCCCUAAGCCAUGCACAGCCACCCCCCCCCUCCCCCCACAGCCCCCCAACUUACCUUAGCAAUAGAAACGAUAGUGGGUAGACAAAGGACACAGUCCCACUGAAAUGGCUGGGAGAGGUGAAUAAAUAAAUGAUCGGGUCUAUAAAUAAUUGAGAGCAAACUGGCGGAGUCGACGCUCAGGCCGGGAGAGAACUCAUUCUGCUUAGUGUCACAUGAGCCAGAUUCAGUGUUAUCUGUUUUUGCUUGAUGUGUUGACUUCCCUUCCUCUGAGACAUGUUCUUUAAAAGACUGAACUUCUAGCUGCUAGAUCAGGGAUGGGCAACUGGCGAUGGGCACCGUUAUUUGUAAGCCCGCGGAUCAAUUUCGCAAAACAUUAUUUUUAAGUAAAAAACGGUGGAACAGUUGGGGUUUAAACUUAAUGUUGAGGGUUAGAAUAGUAGAAUACACAAGGUCAAAUUUCUACAUUUGGUUGUGCAUCAGAAGUUUUUCCUCUUAUGUCAGUCACUGAGUUAGCCCAUGUCAGCUAACAUUUGUAGAUUGGUAAAUUAGCUGGCUAGACUAUCUAAACUGGUCAAAUUACAGACCGUGGGACCCCCGUUGAUUUUGUUAGUCAUUCUGACUCUGAUAUCAUAUACAAAACUGCUAAUAUUUCUCUCUACCCUAUGGCAAAUUAGUAGAAUUGCAAGACAUUUGUUAGAAAAUUGCUAAGUCUUCUCUCCCCCCAUGGCAAAAUGUGUAGAAUUGCGGAAAAUGUAACUCUAAAACAAAUACAAAUUAUCUCCGCUGUCAAUACAGGGGCCUCUAAGAUGUUUUGCUUGAAACAACAUUUCACUUACUGCCCCCAAAUGGUUAGGGCCAGCUCCGACUGCAUGUCGAGGUAUGGAUGUAGGUAUGCAGACCCGCGAGCCACUGCAGCCCUUCAUGAUGAGUUCAUAUUAUUUGUGGACCCCCCCAUCAAGGUUGCCCAUCCCUGAGCUUGAUUCACUGUAGGUUUGUAUUCUCAAAAGAUCUCAGAACAUUUAAAUUCAUUUUACUGAUUUUUUUGCCUCUAUUAGUGUGUUCUUUGGUCAAAAUGUUCUUGUCGAAAACCAACAUGGUCGCUACACCAAUCAAGCCUCUUGUAUUUAUCCAGGAUGAGUGGGUUUUUAGCAUCUGUAUUUUGUUAACCUGUGUAGGUGGCUCCAGACAUGUUAACCUGUGUAGGUGGCUCCAGACAUGUUAACCUGUAUAGGUGGCUCCAGACAUAUUUUCGGGUUAUGGCAGUGUGCUGUGCUCUUCAAGGCUGCCAAGUUACUCAGACUUGAUUGCCUUCUCUGAAAUGUGCCUCACACAGCAGACUCUGGGCUCUCUAACCUGGGAGGGUCCUUAACUGUAUGGACUUGCCUGUCACUGCAGAUGAGUGUUAUUGAGUCAAAAUACACAUGAAUGUUUGCCUUGACAUGAACAACUAUAUAGAAACAAGUGAAAUUGAAUUUAUUUUUUCUAUACUUUAUAGAAAUAUUGAGUGUAGAUAAUAUAUAAAUAUCAAUGUCAUCUCUAUCAUGCAAGUGUUCAAAAUCGAAUCGUUGCUAUUUCAGUGAGAUAGGAGGAUUUGAUAUGCAAUGUUAUGUGAAAUAAAUAAUAGCAUAUUGUCUUUAUCAUGUCAAAGCAACUAAACAUGUGCUAAAACUGGCUUGGCAGUGCAUAUUUAUGUGAAAUGAAUAAAAAUGCCUAACUUUUC